AUGCCUGGUACAGUGGCAGAGGGACCGACGGUCUCCAUGUCCUUUGCCAACAACUUCUGGGGUAAAGAUGAUGCGGGCCUCCAACCUAUGCUUGAUCGCAUGCAUGGAUCCAAAACUACCAGCGAUGAAUUGAAAGCCUUUUACAACGUUCGAGCUGCGAUUGAAGAUGAAUAUGCGCGAAAAUUACAAGCGCUCUGUCGCAAACCGUUCGGAACAUGCGAGUCUGGAUCCCUCCGCGUGUCGCUUGACGUGGUCCGUGGAGAGACAGAAGCCAUUGCAAAGGCACAUGCGGCAAUUGCCGCUCAGAUGAAGACUGAACUCGAGGAGCCACUGGGCGCUUUCGCUAGCGGAUUGAAGGAGCGACGGAAGAUCAUUCAGAAUGGCAUCGAGCGCCUACACAAAACUAAAAUGCAACAAACACAUGUUGUCAACAAGGCUCGUGACCGUUUCGAACAGAAUUGCCUACAAAUCAAGGGUUAUCUGGCACAAGGUCACAUGGUGAUGGGCCAAGAGGAGCGCAAGAACAAGUCCAAGCUUGAGAAGACUCAAAUUCAGAUGGCGUCAAAUAGCCAGGAAUAUGAGGCUGCAGUCAAGGUGCUCGAGGAUACCACUGGGCGCUGGAACAAGGAAUGGAAGGCAGCCUGUGAUAAGUUUCAAGAUCUGGAGGAGGAGCGCUUGGAUUUCACUAAGAGCAGCCUAUGGACCUACGCGAACAUCGCGUCUACUGUUUGUGUCAGCGACGAUGCCUCUUGCGAGAAGAUUCGUUUGUCUUUGGAGAACUGCGAGGUGGAAAAAGACAUUUUCUGCUUCAUCCAAGAGCGAGGUACUGGUCAAGAGAUUCCAGAUCCCCCUCGUUUCAUUAACUUCUGCAAAGAAGAUGAUGAUGCAGGAUCCGAUAUUGAUUCAGGGGAGGGUUAUUCAGUGGCACAGUUUCAGCGAACCAUGAACCCUGCAUUCCGGACGUCUUCACCACAGCCGUCGACUUACGAGUCUCAUCACGAUCCAGAGUCUGACCUUGCAGCUCAAAUGGGCCACCCGGCUCCUCCUGCAGCUGGUGUGCCUCAGCCAUCUCCUCAGAGCAUGAUGCAAGAGCCUCCGGUCCAGCGUAUGCCACAGCAGGCGCCCCCUCAAAGCAUUCAGCCAGAACCGCCCCUCCAGCGAAUGCCGGCUCCGCAAAGCAUCCAGCAAGAGCCACCCGUCCAGAGAAUGCCUCAGCAAGCGCCUCCCCAAAAGAUGCAGCAAGAGCCACCUCUUCAGCGUAUGCCUCAGCAAGCGCCUCCCCAAAAUGUCCAGCAAGAACGGCCUCUUCAGCGGAUACCUCAACAACAGCCGCCAGCCCAGAGCAUGCAGCCAGAAUCACCCCUUCAGCGCCUGCCACCGCAGCAAUCAGCCAUGUAUGCUAUGCCGCAGCAGCCUGCUCCACUUGACCUUCGCCGAGGUGGACAGCCACCACCAAAUUACAACCCUGAACAGCAUGGUGCAAUCAAUGCUGUACCUCACAAUGCAUACCCUACUGAUGGUAUGACCAUGUUCUGCCGUACCGGACCACCUUCAGAGCGUAGCUCAGCAGCCAGCCCAUACAGACCGUCCAGCCGGGAUUCCCAAAGCGAUGUGUCGAAUCCGACUUCCAUGUCCAGUGUCGAAGCCGCCCCUGCUCAAGCUGCCCAGAAAGCGGCACCACCACUUCCCAGUGUCAUGAAGUUGCAGUCUUCUCCAAAGCCCACCAGCAAUACGCCUUCAGCAAGUGCUCAGGAUGACAAGAGCCCCAAGAAAAAGAGCGCAUUCUUCAGCAACAGCCCGUUCCGACGGAAGAGCAGACAUGACAAGGAGAGACCCACUAUCGCUGCUGCAUCCACUUCUCGAAGCCCCUGGAGCUCGCCCACUAAGCAAUCCACCCCAGCUAAGACUGCUCCGUCGCCGGUCGCCCAGUCUGAACGUCCUUCUAAUAGUCCUGAACCCGUCGAUCCUCGCGCUAACUUCCAGCUGAAUGUUGGGAACAACGUUUUUGAUGUCGCUUCACCGGACAAGAAUGCUUCUAAGCCAGGAUCCCAGGCUGUGAAUGCAACUGAAGAUGAUUCGGACCCUAUUGCUCGCGCUUUGGCAGACUUGAAAACAACUGGUGGUAAACAGCCCAGCUUGCGUGUGUCGGCCGAUCGUUAUCAUGGAAUUUCCACUCCGACUCCUUCAGCACCUUCCUCUACAUAUGGUGGAGGCGGCUCCGCUGCGCCACCUGCAUACAAUGACCCUAAUGUGAAGCGACUCGGAGCCCCCGAGCCGGCAUUCACGGCCAAGCAGAUGCAAAAGACUACUCAACGAUACACCGGCCAGACUGCAAGCAUGCUUCGCGGUGGAAGCAACAACCCGGCCAUGACACCUAGGGAGACGGCGAAGCCCCAGGACGUCCCUCGGGCAAGAUCACCCGCCCCCUCCCGAUCUCCCGCCCCCAGGCGCAGUGCUAGCCCCCAGGUUUCUCCGCGGGUCGACCCUCGCACAGGAUACGGUGGUGGCGGUGUCAGCCCUAGUCCAAGCACCUAUCAAUCCGGCAGCGCUCGUAGCCGUUACAGUGCGUCGCCAACCCCGCGCCGAGCGCAGGAACCGCCUUACUCUCCGAACGAUUACGCUCGAAGGGCUGCUUCCCCGGCCGCUUCGUCGCACCGUGCCGUUUCCCCUCAGCCACAGUUCAGACAGCAGGUCCGGCCUUCCAGCGCUGGAGGCAUGGAGCUGCAGCUCUCGGCAGGUCAAGAUGACAUGUAUGGAGGCGGUAGCCAAUAUGGCGGCUCUACUCGAGGCGACGGCCGUUCCCGGUCAUACUACGGCGGAAACAACGGUGGCCCGCCCGUCGGUCGCUCAAGAAGCCGGACUGUUGCCGUUGCCGACCCCGGUCGAAAGUUCAGCCGUGAUGGACGUCCAAUCCUGCAUUUCGCUCGCUCAAUGUACACCUACACUCCCGCAAUCCCUGAGGAGCUCGGCUUCUCCAAGGGUGAUGUCUUGUCUGUCAUCCGUCUUCAAGAUGAUGGAUGGUGGGAAGCUGAAGUCACGAAUGGUCGCGGACACCCUGGCUUGGUUCCGAGCAACUACCUGCAGAUCAUUUAG